AUUAGGAACAUCAUAAUAUAUCAUCGUAGAGGAAAGUGGUUCCUAGAAGAAUCUCGAAAGUUUGACUCUGCCGCACUUCUUUUUGCAUACUAUAUGAACAAUCCUAUCAUGCUGGAUAAGGUUUCAAUUCUUCUUCAACGUGGAGUUGGAUUCUGUCGGUGGGAGUAUACCCAUCGCAACUUGAAACUAGUGAAAACCGUCGGAAGAGGAGCAUACGGAGAAGUUAAGCUGGCCGAAUUGCGAAAGAGAAAUGGUAAAGUACUGGCUGUGGCAGUGAAAACGCUGUCGCGGAAAACGGGGAUAAAGGUAUCGCCAAAGCUAAUUAAAGAAAUAUUAAAAGAAUCUCGUAUAAUGAGAAGAUUGCGUCACCCGAAUAUAGUGUCGUUUAUUGGAGUUGUCCUCGUUGAUCAUCCAUUAUACAUAAUCUUGGAGUAUGUUCAAGGUGGAGCGCUAGAUUCUUAUUUGAGAAAAAAUAAAGAUAAGAUUACCAGUGAAGAACGCAUGAAAUUAGUGAUGGGAGUUGCUUGGGGAAUGGAGUAUCUUCACCAGAAUAACAUAAUCCAUAGAGACAUAGCCGCAAGGAAUUGCUUGUGCGACAAGACAUUCUCAGUAAAGAUAUCAGACUUCGGCUUGUCCCGUAAAGGUAGUGUGUAUAAAAUGAAAACCAUGCAGAAAAUGCCAAUAAAAUAUAUGGCACCGGAAAGUCUCUCAUGCUUUUUGUUUUCUCCCAAAACAGAUGUUUACACCUUCGGAAUACUUGUGUACGAAGUGUAUGCUUGCAAAGAGCCAUAUCAAGGCUGUAGCACAGCCGAAGUGCGAUCAAUGGUUAUUGCCGGCAAAGUAAAUAAAUUACCAGACAAUGUCCCGUCGGAUGUGGCCUCGUUUGUGAAUGAUAAAGUGUGGAACAUAAACCCUGUCAAUCGACCAGAUUCUCACCAGAUCGUUCAAUUUUUUGAGAAGAAAACAGGACUGAAUCUGCCGCAAUCUGCGUUUGACGACCUACUCACCGAUGCAAAUACAAUGGAAGCGAGUCGAUCGGAGCCGCAGUCAGCGAAAGCACACGAAACAUCGACAAAGACUGCGAUUUUGGAAGUGAUGGAACAAAGCCAUGAGCAAAAUGCACCGAAGCCCGUAUUUGGCGCAUUAGCUGAUCUAGGUAAUUUUCAGUUCUGUCAACUUCAGUGUUGA